UUGACCACGGUCCACAUAAGAGGUUGACCGGUUAUGAUUUUUCAACGCCGAUACCGAUUAUUGGAGGACCAUAAAAGCCGAUACCGAUUAUUCUGCCAAUUUUUAUUUAUUUAUUUAUUUGUAAUAAUGACAAUUACAACAAUACUGAAUGAACACUUAUUUUAACUUCCUUUUAACAUGAGUCUUCAAUUUUCCCAGAUCUAUGAGGCCUUCAGCCAGGAGAGCUCUCCCAUGGAACAGGAAGUGAUGCGCAUAUACUCCUCCUCCCCCCCUCCGCUGGACGACGAAUCAGGGGGAGAGGAGGACGAUGACGAGUUUGGGGAUUUCUCUGGGGGUGUGGCAAUGUCAUCCAACCAGCCGUGCCCCUCCACAACAGACCCCGCCUCCCCGACCCCAUCAGCUGUGAGCUUUAGUGUUAGUAACUCCUCCUCUUUCUCCGGAACUACCCAUAGCAACGGAAUCUCGAAACAGUUCCGAGCAGCUGACGACCUGAAGAAGCCAUGGCCGCCGGUGGUGGACCAAUCACAGCCCGCUAAUACUGGGACCUCAGAGGUCGGCAGGGUUCGGCCGGGGUUGGAGGUCAAAGGGCAGCCCUGUCAUUGCGACCUCCCUGACCUCCCUCUCACCAAUGGGUUUGUCAAGCGGAAUCACCAGGGGACCAUGUCUGCAGGUCUUGUACCGGCUGGCCUGGGCUCCCCCAGCCAGGAGCAGGGGUUUGCAGACUUCUCUGCGUUCGCCGAGCCAGAGAUGGAGCUGGAACCCUGGUGCUGCGGCUUCACUCACACUCACAGUACGGAGCACAGGAAGGACGGCAGGAUGGAGGGGACAAACCUAACCAACGGUUUCUGCAAUGCACACUCGGUCCAGAAGGACAUGGAGCAGCGGGCCAGAAUAGAGCCUGGCGGGCCUGACUCUCAGUGUUUAGCACAGCAAGACGACAGGGACUGCACUGGGGUCCAGCAACACUGUGAGCUAAGGGGCCACCCUCAGGACUCUGGCCUAUUAGCCCCCAUAGAGGUGCUCUGUGCUAGGGGUGAGGGGCUGGGGAGCCUGGAGAGAGGGCACCCAGCAUCAACAGGGAUAGGCACGCUUACACAGGACCCAGAACUGGGAGGGAGGAGGGUGGAGGAGGAGGAAGAUAAGGAGAGCGAAACAGAGGACAGUGUCUCUCCUCUCCAGACCACAGUCAGUGGGUCAGUGAGUGAGGAGUUUGCCUCCUCUGGUGAGGCUGUGUCGUCAGACGCUUUGGAGGAGUUUGGGAACUUUGGCGAGACGGUCUUCACUCCCUCGUCAAUAGGGGAGGAGGAGAAGGAGAAAGAGGAGGAGGACUUUGCAGACUUCAACCAAUCGGAGUCCAGGACACAGGAGGGCUUUGGUGACUUUGAACAGGACUAUUCUGAGGACCCAGGUCAGACCCAGGCGUGUGGGGAGGAGGUUGAACAUGGAGACCUUCCCCUCAGCGACAGCUUUGCAGACUUCCACUCUGCUCCCCUGGAGGGGCAGGGUGAGAGGGAGGAGGGCUGGGGGGCGUAUAGGGACCAGAGAGGUCUGUCGGAGGGGAGACCUGGGCAGAGUUUGGAGAGGAGGAUAGAGCCAGGCGGACAGAAGAGGCAGAGGAGAAGAAGUGGGGAGAGAGAUGUCAGGGAGGUGCUGCUGUACGAAGGGACAACUGGGGUGGAGGAGGAGACUGCCGUGGAGGAGGAGACUGCCGUGGAGGAGGAGGAGGUGGAGGACAGUGGGGAUGAGGUGUUGAAUGUGCUCAGCCUCAGGGCUCUGCUAGAGACUCUAGACACACAGCCUGAGGAAGAGGAGACGAAGGGGCUCAACCACACUACACACUGGGUUCCUAGGGGCGCGUGGCGGCAGCCUCGGGACCUUCACGAUGCCGUGGGCCUGGGAUUCCAGUGGGGCGGUUCCCAUAGCAACAGGGCCCUGCUCCGCUGUCUGGGGAUGGACACCAGAAACAUGUUGUUCACUGGUCAGAGAAAGCAGCCUGUCAUAGUUCCUGUGUUUGCAGCCAGCCUGGGAAUGUUAGAGCCCACCAAAGAGCCACUGAGACCAGCUUCAACUGCGGAGAAGAGUGCUGCCACAGCACAAGCACUUCCUGGGUCACAGGAAACCACCACCACCUCGUCAAUACAGCAGGGGGCCCCCCAGCCUUGGUCCCAGUUUGACUGGAGCAGCAGUGGCCUUGGCAUCAACCGUCUGGAUGAGCUAGACAGUGACACCAGCAGCCGUCCAGCUGACACCCUGAACCACCUCAUGUCUACUAUGGAGAACACCACCACCUCCACCAGGAAACCCCAUAGGGAUGAGGAGGACCAGCUGAGUGAGGAGGCAGCCAGGGUGAUCUGUGGGCUGGCUGACCUGUCCUUCAUGAAGGCUAAGGUCCUAAUGUUCCCCAUCACCCUCACACCAGCCGCUGGCUCUGGUACACUGCUAGAGUGAUGCACACAUGGAUGGAUGCACACACACACAAACACAGAAGACUUGUCCGCUUCAAAGCUAGAUUGAACAUUAAUGCAAAGUCAAAAUGUUGAUAAUCAGUAAUAUGGUGAAAUAGUUAGUCUUUUGUGCUGAAUGUAUUGAUGUAUUUAUGUUGUGACACAGUGGUUGAGGUCUAAGACUGAUCCACACUUACCUCCAGUCAUCUGCCUCGUUCCUCCAGUGGUCUUAGAUCAAUUUCCUGUUUCCCUUUUCAAGAUGGUGAUUUUAUCUUCAUGUAUUUAUUCUUAAUGUGUGUAUAGUUAUUCAUGUGAAUUCAUCAUAAAUCCAUAGGAAAUAUAUUGUAUUUAAUAUUUACAUAACAGUUUGGAAAUAACAAUAUUUAUAUGAUAUAUGUUUGUGUUGUUGAUCCAGAGUGUGAUUUCCUUGUAAAUGGCACCCUAUUCCCUAUAUAGUGCACUAUUAUUGUCCAGAGCCAUAUGGGCCAUUGUGAAAAGUAGUGCACUACAUUUGGGACAAACGCCUAUCAUCAUGGGGUUAACUACUGUUAAAGAAUAUAAUAGCACAAGUCUUAAUGAAUAGGGCCUCCAGAACCCUAAUAUUUCUGAUGAGUGUCUCGGGGAAACACAGUCCUUCCUGUGUGUUCAGAUGAUCUGCCAUUAAAGGGACAAUCCAGUAUUGGUACAUCCAUUUUUUAAAAAACCUUUAAAUGAAUGAUAUGUAGCCAUUGAUUGUUAAAUAAUUGAAUGUAUAAAUGCCUCAUGAGCUUAGUUCAAAUGUCUUACCCAAUCAGAACCCAAAUGAUCAGCUUGUUUCACUACAUUUCUUGUAAAUAAUGUAAUUGGUAACUAACGCUGUAAAGCUUCAGAAUGUGGUUAAACUAUCAUGUUGAUCUCAUGGA